CUUUUGCACAUACUGAUGAGAAUAUGAGAGAGCUGGAGAGACUUAUGGUUUAAAGUCUUUUAUUAUAAAAUACACCUUAAAUAUCAUUGACAAUCGUGUUAAUUAUAAUAAUUAUCAAGCAUGUUCAAGGUGGAUUUUAUUUAAGAAUUUCAGUAUAUCAUUGGGACUAAUUUUAAAACCGUUCUACACGCAAAAAAAAAAAAAAAAAAAAAAAUCAACCUACCAGAAUAUUUUAAAUCGAUGAAAUAUUCUAUAAUCCUGUUUAAAACCUGAGGCACAUAAGCAGAGAAACAGUGUUUGCAUAUUUCUAUACCAGUUUAUAGCUAAAUGUUACAUGGUUGAGUGUGUGAAAUGAACCUUCAUUGGAUCUCAGGUAAGCACUCUCUUUGGGCCUCCUCUCUGAUUGCUUGCUGUGUAAAGUCUCCUGGAUCUAUUACCCAAGGCAGACACACCAAGCCUGUGACUGCUAAAUUUGGGGCCAACAGGAUCAGGUUCCCUUCUGCCCAGCACACACAAUCCUGCCCUAGUUACAACACCUCUCUCCCUCCGUCACACACACUGCUCUCUCAUGCCGCAAACGUGAAACUCUCUUGCUUCAUUCCAGUUUCUUAAGAGCAGUUUAAGGGAGUCUUAUUUGUUUCUAUUGAAGAUCUUCCAGGUGGCCUUCACCUGACUUGACAGAUUUUAUAGGCCCUUAUACAGACACAGCUCCUUGGCGGGUAGAAGUGCUGACCCGCCAUGUUUCUGGUUCUGGUGGUGACAGAUGAGUUGAGGCAGCUCCUGGCCAGGGCAAGGAACGGGACUGGCCGUCUCAUCCAGGUGCUGAUCCGAGACGAGCAGUUGGUUCUGGGUGCAUACCGUGAGCCAUCUCAGUCCUGGGAAAAAGAUUAUGACCACUUCCUGCUUCCUUUACUUGAUCCCCAAGAGCCUUGCUACAUCCUGUAUCGCCUUGACUCCCACAAUGCCCUGGGAUAUGAGUGGAUCUUUCUUUCUUGGUCACCUGACCAGUCUCCAACCAGACUGAAGAUGCUGUAUGCUGCCACGCGUGCAACAGUGAAGAAAGAAUUUGGUGGAGGACAUGUAAAAGAUGAGCUCUUUGGCAAUGUGGUGGAGGAUGUUUGUCUUCAGGGUUACCUUCGUCAUGUAUCAUCAAUCUCUGCUCCUGCUCCUCUCACACGGGCUGAGCAGGAGCUACAGAGAAUCAAAACCACAGAGGUUACAACAGAGAUGAGCGUGGAAACUAAGCCCCAGACCUUACAGGGCCUGGCCUUUCCACUACAGGCAGAGGCUAAGCAGGCUUUACAGCAACUUGCUAAGAAACACAUUAACUACAUCCAACUGAGGUUGGACACUGAGAAGGAGACCAUUGACCUGGUGCACACUCGCCCCACAGAGACACAUGAUCUUCACAGCAGGAUCCCAACAGACACGCCACGCUAUCACUUCUUCCUCUAUAAGCACUUGCACGAGGGAGCCUACCUAGAGUCUGUUGUGUUCAUCUACUCAAUGCCGGGCUACCGCUGCAGUGUUAAGGAGAGAAUGCUGUAUUCCAGCUGUAAGAGUCGGCUGCUGGAGGAGGUGGAGCGGGACUACCAUAUAGAGGUGGUCAAAAAGUUGGAGAUAGACAGCGGGGAAGAGUUGACGGAGCAGUACUUGUAUGAAGAAAUCCACCCUAAGCAGUACGCUCACAAAGAAGCAUUUGCUAAACCUCGUGGUCCUGCAGGGAAAAGAGGAAAUAAGCGGCUGAUUAAAGGAGUGGGAGAGAAUGGUGUGAACAGCUAGGGAGGAAAGAGCACGAGAAACAUGUCCUGGCUCAUCCCUCCAAGAAUCUUGUACUGCUGUGUUAAGGCAUGACAGGAUGAAAGAGGUUGAAAUGUGAUCUCCAUUUUUUUUUUUUUUUUAUUCUCAUGGAUUGUGAUGCUUUUUUUUCUAACGUUAUUAGCUUGGGUUUCCUAAGCAUUUCAUUAAUUCAAAUUUGUGUGCACUCAUAAAAAAGGAAACUGAGGAAAUCAUUCUGUAUCUGUAAACUGUCUGUUCAUGCUUUUUGUUCAUUCAGAAAUCGAGAGAUACAGUAACUUGACAUUCAUGUUUCAUUCACAUUUAAUUAGUGUCACUUAUCCAAGUCGACUAUAUUUAAAACUGAUUCUUGAUUUUAUUUCACAGCACUACCAGACACUACCAUUUCCGAAUAUCUGGGUUCAGUAGACUGUGACUGUUCCAGCUGUGAUUUUAGAUCUGUGUUUUAUUACAGAUUGGAUUGGAGCUAGUUUGCUGUGUCCAUAUUCACACUUCUGUGACACUAAUGUAAAUCUUUCUCAUUCUUUUGUGUAAUAUCAAGUUGUGCAAAUAGCUGUUCUUUAUAAAAAAAAAUAAGAACUCAUAAUAAAUUAUUUUUAUGAA